AUGUCUACCGAGGACAUUAACGUGCAGGUGUCCAGUUCGAUUGACGGUUAUCCAGGUUUCAUCGAACAUUAUCUUAAUAUCCCGUCUUCAGCGGAUAGGUUCGAGGAGACGGGCUAUUCCUUACCCGGCCAGGCUGCUGAGGUUUCCUCCCAAAGCGCACAACAGUGCAUUGAUCCGAAGCUGCUCACCUGGAACGGAUGGCCUGAGGAGUAUAAUAAAGAGGAUGAAUCUCAUGUCGGAGGUUCUGGCGCACAAGUGGAACGAAAUGACAAGGCGAAGGGCCGAGCGACUGACCUGGGUGCAGAGAACGUCACUGUCAGCGGCGACAGUCGGGAUUCUGUUAAUGCGGAAGUGUGGGAGAGCCUGACCGUUCCCCUCCUGGAGCGAUACGCAAACGAACAAACGACUACUCCGACGCCAGAAACGAUCGAAUUUGAGCUGGGUAGAGACGUCUUGUCCGAGUUGAUCAAGGGUCUCCCCACUGCGAAGCGUCCUUCGGAUCCGCAGUGGGCUGAACAGAAGACUUUGGCUGAGAAGUAUCUUCGUACGCGCUUCAAGCUGCGGAACAUGGACGUCGGGGUACCUAAGCUGUUAGCCACCAUGUCUGAUAUUUUCUGCAAGGUACAUGCGUCCUUUAUGGAGAGGUGCUGCGAAGAGGCGGUCAGGAGGCAGAAAGCGGGCGGUAGCUCCUCCCUCACAGUUGCCGACUUCGCGUUCGAAAUCAAGAUGAAGUUUGACUACAUCCUUCCAUUUCAGACUUCGGUCAUGACCAACAUAGGCGUGUCUAAUGUGGGCUUACCUGCUCCUGAGUCGGUGGAUACUACGGCAAAUCAAACAACCUUAAACGCGGGAGCUGAGAAGACGAACCAGAAGAAAGCGACCAGAGGAAAGAAAGUUGCAGCUCGUCCGCGGGCGAGAAAAUCGACGAGGCACAAUAAGCCCAUACCAGAAGCCACAGACAGUAUUGCACAGGGCGGCGAUGCGCUUCCGUCUGACCCUGGUAAUGCGCAGGGCACACCGACUCUUGCAUCAGCCCAUCUCCCCACUGCUGCAGUACAUGAAUCGCGUGCUCCCGAUGCCCCCGGCGGCCGGAAGAGCACAAAGGCAAAGAAGAAGAUGCGUUCCGGGAAGGGAGCUAAUUCGGAUGGCCCUCGUCCCAAGGCUCUGCAGCCUCUCCGCGAUGGCAUCCCGGCGCGGCAGGGAGUAAGUAAUAUUGUCCCUGGACCGUCGGCGUCUCCUACGGCAGCUGGCCUUGCAGGUUCAGUUUCCGGUCCUGAAACCGGCUCGGUCACUGCUACCUUUACUCGUCACGGCGCGCGUGCGGGAGGGGUCAACAGAGCUUCGGGAAUGCAGUUGAGAUCGGGAAAGCAAAUCGUGAAGUAG